AUGGAUCGUAUAGAGCCAGUCAACGGCUCUCAGGAUCCUGAGGGUCAGCAACCCCCGUCGACAAAUAUCUCGUCCUCGCCAAGACCAGUGUCUAUGCAACCUAGCCGGCCGCGCACCUUAUCAACCCGUUCCCGUCGGCCGACGAUCCGCCUGCAACGCCUCCCAUCAUGCACGUUGGGUCAGACCGCCUCGCAACUUCAAAGUGAAUCAGAAAAUGCGGGCAUACAAAACAGCGCCAACGUUAAUCUGAAUGCGUCAAGUCCGAAAAUCGUGUCGCCAACCGCCUUGCUCGAUGUGGAUGGGGCAUGGCAGGCGAAUCGUCGUCGCAGCAGCUCCGAACCCAACCGCGGUCGAUGGUCUGCCCCCAACCCAACCACCAUCCCGGGAUUUACAGUCGGCGGCCAAAUGUUGCCACUGCUAGAGGAGCAGUCUCCAGUCGCUAGAACGGCCACGAACCUGCCCUUUCCUUCGGAAAGCCUGUCUGCCGUUCCUAUACCAAGAAGCCGCAACCUCUUCCGUAGGACGAGCGAAGCUGCCCUUAUUCGGCUCUCUAGGUAUCGAGCGGGUGGAGUUGAACCAUCCCGGGAUGAUGAAACGAGUGAUGAAUACCACCCUCAUAUAGUCGAUGUGUUGGAUGUCAUCGACCCCGAGGUAUCGGCUUUAUCUACCCUCACGAACGUCCAGAACUCUUUAUUUGUCCCAAAUUUGGGUCCUUUCCUGAAUCGCAACCCAACCUACACGCUCUCGCCUCCCAGGGAAAGCUCGGAGGAUGAAGGUACGACUACAACGGACGAAGGCGAGGAGAUACCUGAAAAAGAGCCCGAUGGCCGUCCAACCCGUCCACCGCUGGAGCGCCCCCUUACUAGUCUUUCCGCCGUACUUGAGAAACAGGACGCCCGGUUUGCCGUUUUACCCGAAGGAAGCAACCUCGAGGGAUGGACUGAACGGGAUGUAGAAGAACUGAAUGAUCACGUACGGCACAUGCUGCACUCUCGACGGUCGAAGUUCAAACGGGCGAUGAAAGGGUUUGGGAAAUACGUCUCAAAACCACUGGGAUUUCUGAUCACACUAUAUGCUACCUUGAUCACACUCUUUGGACUUGCUUGGGUACUCUUUCUUAUUGGCUGGAUCAACGUCGGAGGGCGACAACUGUACAUUAUCAACGUCAUCGACAACGUUCUUGUGGCGUUAUUUGCAGUUAUGGGAGAUGGUUUGGCUCCCUUUCGCGCAGUCGAUACGUACCAUAUGAUUUAUAUCGCGCAUUACACCUUUUUGACGUAUAAAAUCCGCCGGAAACGCCGUCUACCCGAUCUGAAGGACAAGAAUGAUCUGCCAUCCCGACGCGAGAUUGAUGUCGAUGUCGAGUUUGGCGAUACCCCCAAAGAUGAAGAACACGAGUUCAGUGUCUUGACUCGUCUACAACAGCAGAAACUUACCCACCACCAAAAUAAAUUUUCCCGGUCGCAUACAUUCUAUAAACCUCACGAGACGCUGACCCACCAUGCCUUUCCUCUUCGCAUCCUGAUCGCCAUUGUUGUCCUGCUGGAUUGUCAUUCCUUACUCCAGAUCGCCCUUGGCGCUUGUACAUGGGGUAUUAACUACAAAGUACGGCCCUUCGCUCUCACCACCGUCAUUCUUUGCUUUUCGAUUGCGUGCAACAUCACCGGCGGCGUUCUUAUCAUGGUCGGUGAUCGAAGGACGCGGAAGAAAGAGGUCGUCGAGCGAUUAUUCCGCGAGAAACUCACUCAAGAGGCGAUGAAGAAAAUUAACAAGAAGAAGAAGAAAGUUGCAAAGCAGGUUGCAGAGCAAAACGGCGAGCCUACUCCCACUCAAUCGUCCUCCACGUCUUCGUCGCACCCUCAGCCGUACGAAGGAACCUGA